CCGGCCGCCCGCGGCCGAGCUCUCUCUCUCUCUCUCGCGCGCACGCCCCCGGCCUCGCCCACCACACGACGUCCUCCUCGCCGCAACCACCAGACGAAACCAACGAAACUUUCUUUGCGCUCGCGGAACGCGCCGUCCCCUCCCUCUCUUCCCCGUCGCGUGGCCGGCGAAGCGCGCGGCGCCCACCGGUGUCCAGGAUUUUAUGCAUGGCAGAAGAGAUGAAAUUUGCUGAAGGGUCAUAUGUGGCCAACGAAUUGGAUAUGCUCUCUCUGGCUUCAUCAGUAUACACUGCUCCAUUGUUUCAAACAGGAUUUGAUUCAGUUUAUGUGCCUGAAUGUGGGGCUGUGAGUAACAGUGGAGAAGGCCCAUAUCCUGGUUUAUUCAUUUCUGAUGGCUUUGUUUUCCCUCCAAGUGAGCAUGAGAAUUUGCCAAUAGAAUCUGAACUUGUACAAUCUAAUAACAACAAUGAUGAGGGUUGUGAUGAACCAACCAAAGAAGUUGAUGACAGAAGUGAUGCAAAUCUGUCUGUUAGUGGUGACCUGCACUUUGCCAAUGGAACUACUGUCCCAGAUCUAGUCCCACCUGAAAUACAUGCUGAACAAGAGAAAGAUAAUACAAACAUAAAUUGUGAUCUUCCUUGUGAAGGGUGGUUGAGAAGGAAAUCGAAUUGCCUAUCUCAACGUAUAAAAGGAAUGACAACAGUCUGCACUAUCGUGGCAGCUGGUGCUUUGAUGGGCUUUGUCAUAAUAGGUCAGAGGUGGCAGCAGGACAAACUGCACCUUCAUCAUUUUCAGUUCAAUAUCGGCACUGAGGGAGUGCAUCGAAUCGUUGGAAUAUUCAGCCGUUGUAAGGAUGCGCUCCCCAGUAGUCAGCAGCUAAAGUCUCUGAUUCCAACUCGCAUGCUACCUCAACAGCCGGUGAGCGCCUGAGCAGGAUAGCGUGGCAAAUUUUGAUGGCAGGGAUCAGUACAACUGAUUUUUUUUGUUCAGACAUGGUUGGAUAUAGUAGAUUCUUUAUUUGUAGCGGCGGAACCGUUUGAUCUUUGUCCUUGUGUAAAUUUGUGGGGGUAUCGAUCUUUGCUCAUGGCACCAAAAAAGAAAAAAACAUCGUUUAUUUGUAGCGCGUACUCCGUAGUAACUGUAAAAAAGUACACGAGAAUACCACCUGUGAACAUCUAUCAUUGUACCA